CCCCUCUUUCCUUUGCCUCGCAGCCCAGGUGGGAAAGACCUCCUUGAUCAUGGCCCUGGUGGGCGAGGAGUUCCCGGAAGAGGUACCUCCUCGGGCAGAAGAGAUCACAAUUCCGGCAGACGUCACCCCCGAAAAAGUCCCUACCCACAUUGUGGACUACUCAGAAUCGGAACAGACGGAGGAAGAACUCCAAGAAGAAAUUGCCAAGGCGAACGUGGUGUGUAUGGUCUAUGACGUCACGGAGGAGUCCACCAUCGAUAAGAUUCGGACAAAAUGGAUUCCGAUGGUGAAUGGGGGAGCUGACAAGUGUUCCAGGAUCCCAAUCAUCCUUGUGGGAAACAAGUCGGACCUGCAGACCGGGAGCUCCAUGGAAACCAUCCUGCCCAUUAUGAACCAGUUCUCAGAAAUAGAGACCUGUGUGGAGUGUUCCGCCAAGAAUCUGAAGAACAUCUCCGAGCUAUUCUACUAUGCCCAGAAGGCGGUUUUGCACCCGACGGCUCCUCUGUACGACCCAGAGGAGAAACAGAAGUCCUGCUUCGGCAACCCUCUGGCUCCCCAAGCGCUAGAAGACGUGAAGAUGGUGGUCUGGAAGAACACGACCGACGGGGUUCAGGACAACGGCCUGACACUCAAUGGCUUCCUUUUCCUCAACACCCUCUUCAUCCAGAGGGGGAGACACGAGACCACCUGGACCAUCCUGCGCCGCUUCGGCUACGACGAUGCCCUGGAGCUGACGGACGAAUAUCUCUACCCGCCGAUCCGGGUGCCCCAGGACUGCUCCACGGAGCUCAAUCACUUCGCCUACCAGUUCCUCCAGAGGAUCUUUGAGAAACACGACAAGGACCGGGACGGCGCCCUCUCCCCAGCCGAGCUGCAGAGCUUCUUCAGCGUCUUCCCUUACGUGCCCUGGGGCACCGAGCUCUACCACACGGUAUGCACCACUGAUAACGGCCUGCUUUCCCUGCAUGGAUUCCUCUGCCAGUGGACGCUGGUCGCCUACUUGGACGUCCAUCGCUGCCUGGAGCACCUCGGUUACCUGGGCUACCCCAUCUUCUCAGAGCAGGAUUCUCAGGUUCACGCCAUCACAGUUACACGGGAGAAAAGGAUUGACCUGGAGAAGGGCCAGACGCAUCGGAACGUCUUCCUGUGCAAAGUGAUCGGAUCUCGAGGCGCUGGCAAGUCUGCCUUCCUGCAGGCCUUCCUCGGGAAGAACCUGUCUGCCCAAAGAAGAUCUGAAGGGAAGCUGUCCUGUUAUACAAUUAACACCGUGCAAGUCAACGGGCAAGAGAAGCAUUUAAUACUGCAAGAGGUGGAGGCGGACGUGGAGUUUGCGAAAGCAUCCGACGCGGCUUGCGAUGUUGCCUGCUUAUUGUACGACGCGACGGACCACAAGUCGUUCAACUACUGUGCCAGCGUUUAUAAGCAGCACUACAUGGACGGUCAGAUUCCAUGCCUCUUUGUGGCCUCUAGAGCAGACCUGCCAGAGACGACAUUCCCCCACGGGCUCUCGCCGGCCGAAUUCUGCUACAAGCAUCGCCUCCCUCCGCCGUUCUGCUUCAGCUGCAACGGACAAGGGCCACCCAACCCCGCCAUCUAUGCCAAGCUGGCCACAGCGGCUACCUUUCCGCACCUCAACGACAUUGACCUGGGCACCGCCUCUUUCUGGAUCCGGGUUGCCUUGGGAGCCACCGUGACCGCCAUUGUGGGCGUCGCGCUCUACAAGGCGAUGGCCAAGAACAAGUAGAGGAGGAGAAGAGGACAACAAAAGAGACAGAUACCGGUCUCCUUCCGCCCCCCUGCCUUUUCGUCCUUUCGCCCGGCUCAAGAAAACCAGUGUCAUCCGCUCCAAGCCACUUGCAUGAGGAAAGGAACACGUCUCCAGAAGGGUGGAUCUCCCCUUGGUCUCCUUCGGGUUGGAGGAGAGUGAGGGUCAGGCAGAAGACCAUCACGGGCACCAGCCAAGGCAGGAAGUGGCCACCGAGUCAUCCAGCCGACGUAGGCCAGACUCUCGCGUCCUCAUUCCAUCCCAGCACCACCUCCAAAAAA